AUCAUUUUAAUCCGUUCAGUCAUCUCCAGAGUCACACGCUAUCCGGACCGGAUCCAACCAUUAUGUCUGGUGACUCGGCCGUGUAGGCUCCGUGACUCAGGGACGACCCUGACAUGUGUCACUGAAGCAGCAGGUGUCUCAUAGGUCGGUCCCCUGAACUCCUCCUCCUCUUCUUCCUCCUCCUCCUCCUCCUCCUCUUCACCUGCUCCCUCUGCGCGCUGUCACCACAGUGUGCGCUCUCACUGCGCCAUGGCCACAGCACCGUUGGUCCCCGCACGCUCUCGUCCUCAGAUGGACUACGAGACGAAGGUUUUCCCUCACACCGGCGGCUACGGACGCUACAACCGGAUCGUGGUCGUGUUCAGCUGGUUCCCCAGCUUCGCCGUCAUGUUGAAUCUGUUCAGCGACGUGUUCUACACUUUGAUCCCGGACUCGUACCACUGCAGACCGGAUCCGCUGCUACUGCCCUCCACGUUCCUCCUUAGCAACUUCACCAGGAAGGGGUACCUGAACCUCGCCAUCCCCUGGGUCAACGGCACCGGGCUCAGCCACUGUGAGCUCUUCAGGUACACGUCCAACAGCUCGGACUUCUCCGGGAAUGUGCCCAGGGUAAGGGUGUCCUGCACCAAAGGGUGGGAGUACACCCACGGAGCCGGGCUCCAGAGCAACUUUGUCACUGAGUGGAACCUGGUUUGCAGUGACUACUGGAAAAUCCCUUUGCAGCAUAUCUGCUUGAUGGUAGGAUGGAUCCUGGGAUACAUCUUCCUCGGUACAUUGUGCGACUGGUUGGGUCGCCGGCGCUGCUUCCUCCUCUCCAUCAGUCUGUCCAGUCUGUUUGGUGUAGCCGUGUGUUUGUCCAACAGUGCGGUGAUGUUUCUGCUGCUGCGCCUCUCUCAGGGCGCCAUGCUCGCCGGGGUGUUUGUCUCCUCAUACAUUGCCAGGUUGGAGCUGUGUGACCCUCCCCAUCGUCUCAUGGUGGCCAUGAUCAGCAGCUUCUUCGGCGUGUUCGCAGAGCUGCUGUUGCCGGGUAUCGCCAUUCUGUGCCGCGACUGGCCCGUCCUCCAGGCUGUGGCGACUUUGCCUCUGCUCCUGCUGCUUUCUUAUUGGUGCUGUGCGUCAGUGUUUCCUGAGUCUCCUCGCUGGCUGCUGGCCACAACUCAGAUCGCCCAGGCCAAGAGGAGCCUGCAGGAAUUCUCCACCAGGAAUGGAGUUUGUCUGCAAGAUGAAAUCUACCCUGGGGAAACCCUGUUGUCAGAAAUUGACACAGCAUAUGUCGAAGACUGCCGGCCGAAAUACUUUUCAGUCCUGGAGCUGCGUCGGACUCGCGUUAUCUGGAAAAACUGCCUCAUUCUCAGCUUCACACUGUUCAUUGGAACAGGAAUUCAGUACUGUUUCACCAGAAACCUGCGCAGUUAUUCCACCAACUUCUACUUCAGCUACUUUCUCCGAGUGCUGACCGGAGCACUGGCCUGCAUCUUCAUCUGCCAGACCGUCGAUCGUUUUGGUCGGCGUGGCAUGCUUCUGCUCUCCGCCAUCAUCACCGGAUUGUCAUCUCUGCUGCUGCUGGCCCUCACUCAGUACCUGCGUGGAGGCCUGGUGUUGGUGCUUUCUGUCGUGGGUCUGCUGUUCUCUCAGGCUCUCGCCAUGCUCAGUGUUUUCUUCGCCUGUGAGGUGAUGCCAACUGUAGUUCGAGGUGGAUGCCUCGGCCUCGUGCUGGCAGCGGGUUGUGUUGGCAUGGCGGCCUCCUCCCUGAUGGAGCUCCAAAACAAUGGCGGCUACUUCCUCCACCACGUCGUCUUCGCCUCCUUCGCCGUGCUCUCCGUGUUGUCCAUAAUGCUUCUACCUGAAAGCAAACGCAAGCCGCUCCCAGACUCCAUGAAGGAGGGCGAGUGCCAUCGGCGGCCUCCACUCCUCCGGUCACGGCCCGACAGGGACAGCCUGCCGUUACUGCACACCCGACCCCCGCUGUCCGAGUACAACCCUGAUAACUAUUCCCGCCUGGUGUCUGCCACCAGGAAGAUGUUGACUAAAGAUAGUUUGCCUUACAGGAUCGCUGUGCUGACUCAACCCCCUCUUGUGACGGACAGUGAAACACAGGGACAAGAGAAUGAGACACUGAGAUAGGUCCUGUGAUAACUCCUCUAAACAGACUUGGAUUAUCCCUCCUCCUCUUUAUAGACAUACCUCUACAGACAGUCUGCCAACGUCCCUUAUUUCAUUAUCGUCUGGCUGGUCAUACCUCAACUGACGAACCGCCCUUGGCUGGGAUGUAAUGCACUUUAGAGUGUUGACUCCAAGUCUGUUACUUUUUCAACAGUAGAUCUUCUUGUUACAUUUGACACUUGAAGCUGUUACUAUGUUGUGUUUUUUUUUCUCACGUGGAUUCAAGUAGCACACUGAAAAAACAGUGGCCAUCUUCAGCUAAACGUUUAUGUCACUGGAGCAACUAACGGUUGUUUUCAUUCUCGACUGAUAGAGUAGUUGUUUGGUCUUUAAAAUGUUGAUCGGUGUUUUCUAAAGCCCAAAGAUGAUGUCCUACAAAUGUCUUGUUUUGUCCUCAAUCCAAAAAUGUGCAGUUUAGAUAUACUGUCAUAGAGGAGGAACAGAAAAACAACAAAAUAUUCAGAUAUUUAGAUCACACUAGAGGUGCAAUAAUUGAUUGACUGAUCGAUUUGUCAAAACACCAAGUAGUCAGUCAUCAAUGAAUUAGUAAUAAGCAGUUUUCCAAGCAAAGAUACGGUUGUCAUCCUCUUGAAUAUCAUUUUUGGACCGACAAAAAUAAAAUAAGACAUUUGAAGACGUCACCUUGGAUUUUCUGACAACGAUUACUCUAGUAAAUAAUGGACAAAUGGAUUGAUAAUGCAGAUGAUGUUCAGUUGCAGCCUUAGAUCACCCUCUGCUGAGGUCACGCUGCUCGCCUGUCUGGAACCAGCUUCUCAGACACAAAUUUGCCCAGAAACUGUUCAGAAACGCUGUUCUUAACCGAGCAGCUUCUGUCGAUCAUGUGAGCUGCAGCCCUUUGUCCAUUUGUGAGUUACUCACACCCUUUUCAUUAAGUCUGACUCACCAGCAGUGUCUCAGUGCGGAGAGGAUCCCGAGGAGCAGCAGGACACACAACUCGGUCACACACACUGUUGUUGUGGAGUCCUGUGUUUUACUUGUGAAGCACACAAGAGGGCGCUAAAUGAUGCACUGGUCACUGAACAUGAUGGUGUUAUUUCACUUAAAAGCAUUUUGCCAAAAAUUGGGAUCUUUGUGGGGAAAAAUAGAUGAUGAACCUUGUCUGCAGCUGAAGUUUUUCCACUCCAUAAACCACUUUUUUAGGUUACAAACUUUUGUUUAAAGGUGCCUUUUUUUAAUCUUUUAUAUAUGCCUAUUUUACUUUUCUCCUCAAAGGCUGGAAGUAGGUGAUUUUGAGUUUGCAAAUGUGUUAACGACUGCAGCUCACCCAUUCUCUGUCCUGUAAAGAUGAUGAACUGUGUCCUGUGUGUAUUAGUAUUAGUAAAAAUUAAAGGGGCUCUAUGUAACAAUUUCCUGUAUUUUUCUUUCAAAUCUUUUUUAUUGGCCAUACAUGAGCAGAUUGUAGCGUGACAUGAAAAAUGAGCCCCUCCCCAUCUCUCUCAUUUGCCUACACAAGCCUGUGGGUCAUUCGUUCAAGUUGUUUAAUGCUGCUGGACGGUGGGUUUCUUUGUGUAAUCCGUGGAUCAGUGCUUCAGAAUUCAACAGCACCAACCUUCACUGGAGGACAGUAGAUUUUUUGCCUGAGUCUUCUUCAUUUUCACAUUUUUCUUUUUUUAAAUGAAUAUGUCAUGUUAAACAGUGGAGACAAUCUACCUGUCAAUGUCGCUACACACAAACACUCUGAAUUGAUGGCUGUUGAGCUCAAGGUUGCAGUGUGUCUGUGACUGUGUGAUAGGAAAAAAAACACACUACUGUACUUGAUUAACCCUCAGGAGAGGUCUUUUUUUUUUUUUUUUAAUUAAAGUCACGUUAUGAUUUCA